UUUUCAUGACGUAAUUUCACCUCUGACACAAAACGACCCGCAGGUCAUUGCGCAUGGCAAACUAGUUCAAAGAUUUUGCAAUCAUGCCGAAGUCGAAACGUGACAAGAAAAUUUCGUUGACGUCAACGCGGAAGAAGGGUCUGGAACUGAAGAGGAAUUUGGUGGAUCAGAUCCGAGAAUGUGUGGACCAGUACGCACGUAUCUUCACGUUUUCUGUGGAGAACAUGAGAAACAGCAAGCUGAAGGAAGUACGCACUAUUUGGAAACAUAGCAGGUUCUUUUUCGGUAAGAACAAAGUGAUGUCAGUAGCGCUAGGACGAGGGCCGGAAGACGAGUAUCGGGAAAACUUACACAAAGUCAGCCUGAGACUGCGAGGGCAGACAGGGAUGUUUUUUACCAACAAAACUAAAGAAGAAGUUGUAGACUGGUUUGCCCAGUACCAGUUGAAGGAUUUUGCGCGGUCGGGGAACAAGGCCGUCUCAACUGUGGUCCUGUUCGAGGGACCCUUACCUCAGUUCUCACAUUCCAUGGAACCACAGCUGAGGCAGCUGGGAUUGCCGACCAAGCUGGAACGGGGUGAGAUAACUCUGAUAUCAGACCACACAGUCUGUACUGAAGGUGACGUCCUCACGCCCGAACAGGCCAGAAUAUUGAAACUUCUGGACACCCCCAUGGUCAACUUUCACAUCACCCUAGACAGUGUCUGGUCAAAUGACGGAACGUUUGAACUGCUAGAAAGAGAAGACAGUCUCACAGCAGAUAAUGAAGGAAUAGAAGAAGAAGAAGAGGAGGAUGAGAAUGACUGAACACUGAUGAUUGUAACUCCAAGAGUAACUUGAGAAAAAUGACUGAUCGUUGCAACAAACAGGACAUUUUAGUUGAACUGUAGUUUCAUUGACAACUACAUGUAUUUUUUUUUAAGAUAGUCUAUUUUGAAGUUUAUGCAUACACUUGCAGUAAGCCUUUUUGGUAGAUAUUUCUAUCAAACAAUCUACAAAUUCUUAUCCAUCAACAGGCACGUAUUUCACCUGGUUUAAUACUUGCCCAAAUGAUUUGGUGAUGCCUGAAUAUUUAAGUGAGAAAAUGAUUUUUGUUAUUUUGGUUCAUUUCUUUUUAGUAACAAAGUUGAGUUUGCUGAACUUUGCUCCUUUCUUCUUCAGGAAUUGUCUGAAAAUAUAUGAGGUUUUUGCAGCUGCCUGGAAUGCAUUUUCAGAAAGAUAGAAGGAGUGUUCAAGACGGAAACUAUUAUAUUAUACAAAAUGUUGCACAUGGUA